GGGACAGCCGUGCAUGGAGGGGCCGCUGCCCCGGGGCCCUACAGCAGCCGGGGAGCUCCCGCGGCCACCGCAGCAGGGAUGUCCGAGAGCUCCUCCAGCAAGGAGGGUGUCCCGGGCGAGUGCCCCGUGUGCUACGAGAAGUUCCAGCCCCUGGAGGCCACGCACCGGCGCCUCAGCUGCGGCCACACGUUCUGCCACGACUGCCUGGUGAAGUGCCUGCUGUCGGCCAAGCUGGACGGGCACGUCCAGAGCAGCAUCAUCUGCCCCGUGUGCCGCUUCGUCACCUUCCUCAGCAAGAAGAAGGCUCUGUGGCCGCCCAGGGCGGGCACCAACCCCCGGACGCUGGAGAUGCCUCUGUCGCCAUCCUCCUUGUCCCAGCUGGCCAAAAGCCAGGCCAGCAACACGCUGGUGGUGCCCAGUCACUUCGUGAUGCCGGUGCAGAGCCUGGAGCGGAGCUCGGCGGGGCUGCCGGGGGUGCUGGCACGGGAAGCUCACAUCUUUGUCAUCAGCGACCACGGGAUGCCGCUGGUGGCCACGGACUGCGGCUCCCUGGGCAGGAGGAGCAGGACCAGCUCGGUGUCAUCCAGCCCGGCCCUGGGGCUGCAGUGCUGCCAGUCCCCCAUGGCCCUGGCCGUGAUGCUCGUCCUGACCGUGGCCAUGCUGGCGGCCGUGCUGCCGUGGCUGCUGCUGGUCAGGAGGGACUUGUAGCAGGGAUGGGGACACCGGAGUGGUGGCACUGCUGCUGGGACACGGCUGGGGCCUCUCUCUGAAGGCUCCUGGAGAAAGCCCAGAAGAAGCUUUGGGUGAAGUUCUCUUGUCUGGCCAGGAACCAAAUGGACUUUCAGACCUUCCUGAAGAUCUCCAGGUGCUCAUGGUGUCACUGGUGGCAUUUCUGUCCCUUUUGGCUAAAAUCCAGCUGCCCAAACCCUGCUGGUGGCUUCCUCCAGGGUGUCUGUGGAGAGGAUCCUCCUGCACCCUGUGACAGCACCUGCAGGGGCCGAGGGUGCUGCUCCUGCUCUGGGUGCGCUGGGACUGCAGCACCAGGCACAGCCGAGGGCUCUGGGGUCAGGGCUGCCAGGCUGUGGGGCUGCUGGAGGUCCCCAAGCUCCCAGGACAUCAGGAUCACCGUGAUGCAGCCAGCCUGGAGCAGAAACUCACGGCUUCCAUCCCAGGGAUGGGGAAAUCAGAGCCUGCAGCUGCCGGGGGCAGUGGAACCAGAGGAUGGAGAGAAGGAUGCUGGCCCUGCUGAGCUCACCCUCCCCUCUGCCAGCCUCCCUGCAGUGCCAUGGCUGGGAAGAGAGGCCAGCUUACCCCACAGGCAGUCCCAGCCGUGCCCUCCCUCACCUCUCUCUGAGCUCACCAUCCUCCCAUUGUCACAGCAUCCCUCCUGCCCGGGGGACCCAGGGACAGGGGGUGGGAGUAAACCCAAGUUCUGGCCAUCAUAAGGGGGCAGAUUUGGGAUCCUGCCCUGCUGUCCUUGCUAGAGCCCCUUGGCAGAGUGACAUUUCCCUGUCCCUGGAUGCCCUCCUGAGGUCUCACAGCCAGGGGCUCAUUUUCACCUGUGCCAAACAGGCUGGGCACUUCUCAGCCCCUCAAACUUCCUGGCUUUGCCCUCUUUGGGGCUGGUCCCACCUGAGGGGACCCCAGUGUCAGCCCCCAGCCCAGGGCCCUGCUUUGGGAGGGCAGUGGGCAGCAGGGAGGCCCAGCUGGGAUUUGGGAAGCUCUGGGCCUGCUCUUGGGUUGCUGGACACCCCUGCUGGUGCUGGGGUCACUCAUGGCAUUGUCCCCAGCCCAGUCUGCACCUGAAUCACCUUUGUCCUCCUGACCCAGUCCCUGGGCCUGUAGGUGCUGCUCCCACUCUGUCACCUGGGAAUGUGUCACUUCAUGGGCACCCCAGUGUGAGCAGAGUGUCCCUCACUGUCCCCCAGUGUGAGCAGAGUGUCCCUCACUGUCCCCCACGGGAGGUGACAGUGGGGCACAGGGAUGGCACAGGGCUGGCAGAGGGCUCCCAAGGGAGGGACAAACACAGCCAGCAGUGCCACCGAGGUGGCUUUGGGGCUGGACAGAACUUUUCAGGGCAACAAAUAAGGAUGACUUGGGGCUGGGAAGGGGGAGCAGUGUGGGGCAGAGCAGCUGAUGGUGUCCCCUGCCAAUCCUGGGCUCACAGUGGGGACACUGCCCUGCUGGCCUGCUGUUCCCUGUGAGGUUCCUGUGCUCCCCUAGCCCUGUCCCAGUGUCCCCACCCCAACCUGGGGUGCCAUGACCCUGAGCCCUGUGCCUGAGACACUGCACUGGAAUGGAAACCCUGUUUCAUAAGAAAUGCUGACCUGAUCAUGACGUGUCCAUGCCUCAUUGUUUAAUAAUAAACCCUAUUAUUAAUCUGUCUGGGCAAUUAUUGUGGGGUGCCAGGGCAGCAGCCCCUUGGCACAGGGCUGUUGGGAGGUGGCACAGGGUGGCUGCAGCCCUGGAGAUGUUUGGGGAGGCAGUGGGGACUGGGAAGAGCCCCAGUGGCAGCACUGGGAGGGGUUGGGGAUGUCAGGGCCGUGCACGGGACCCAGGCUGGGGGUGACAUCCAUGGACCCGGAGGAGAGGAGGCUGUUUCCCACAGGGUGGCACUGCUUGGCCAGGGAUGGCAGCUCCUGUGCUGCACUGCCAUGUCUGGUGCCCAGGGCCACUGCCCCCAUGUCCUGCUGUGCUCUGGGCUGAUCUCAGCCGGGCUGGGGCUGCUCCAG